GCCGCCCUCCGGCCCCUUCGGACCCCCGGGCGCGGGGACGGUGCCGGGGAGCCCGCCGGGGCCGUGCGCCCCGGAGCCCGCGCGCGCCCAGCUGGUCCGCCAGCGUUUGUUGUGCCGCGAAGGCCCGACUGCCGCCGCCGCGGCUCUCUCCGCCUCGCGCCCGGCGAUUGGCUGGUGGCUGUCACGCGGGCGCGAUCAGCUGGGCCGGCUGCGGGCGGUGGGCCUGGCGGGGACCCCGCAGCAGCUCGGUGAGCCCGCCCGGGGGUUCCUUCCUGCUGGCGGAGGUUUUUAGAACUUCAUCUAUCAAAAUGGGCAGAAUCUUCCUUGAUCAUAUUGGCGGUACCCGUUUGUUUUCUUGUGCAAACUGUGAUACAAUCCUGACUAACCGGUCAGAGCUCAUCUCUACUCGGUUCACAGGCGCCACUGGUAGAGCAUUUCUUUUUAACAAGGUAGUUAACUUGCAGUACAGUGAAGUUCAAGAUCGGGUUAUGCUCACUGGCCGCCACAUGGUUCGAGAUGUGAGCUGCAAAAACUGCAAUAGCAAACUGGGAUGGAUCUAUGAGUUUGCCACUGAAGACAGCCAGCGUUAUAAGGAAGGCCGUGUGAUCCUGGAACGUGCACUAGUUCGAGAGAGUGAAGGCUUUGAGGAGCAUGUACCAUCUGAUAACUCUUGAAGAAAAAAGAUAAAUCCAUCUUUUCCCAGGUCUCCUUCACUGAAAACAAAAAUCUACUUACAUACACUGUCACCUUAGCAUCAGAGUCGGAUUCAUGAACUGCGGAACAAGAGGUUGUGAGAAUAUAAGAUGGAACCUUUCUUUCUUUCUUUCUUUCUUUUUUUAAUUUUGUAUUUUUCAUCCAAUAGCAGUUUGUAGAGAGACUAUUAUGCAGAUGCCAUUAAUUUUUUCCCUAUGUUUACAUCUUGAGGCAGAAGAGUUUGCAGCUACAUGGUUGGCUAUGUGAGGGAAAAAAUUGGGGUCCUUAGAGUGAAAAGGAGUGUUUUGUAUACAUUUUGAGUGGAAAAUACGUCAAGAGCAUGGUUUUAAACUUACUUGGGCUUCGUUUUAAAUUUUCUUUUUAACCCAGUUAUUUCACUUAAUUUGCUAGCUUCAAGAAGAGAUCCGAAUCUGUGCCCAGCGCUGGAGGCUCAGUGUUAGCGUGGCUUGUGCUGGCCAUGUGCCAUAUUCUUGUUGGAGAGGAACUGUAGCACCAGAACCCAUUCUUCCUUGUCAGUCUUGACCCAACAGAUGUCACCACCACUAGUUACUUGUCACCACUUACUUGGUGUUGAUUGGAAACUUUCUGAAAUGGGGCAGAACUGCUUGGUUGUCUUUUCCAUGUAACUUAAGCAUAGUAAUAUAAAUAAAGUGAUAGUUGGAUGUUUUGGUCCUGUGUUACUUUUAAAAAUACCUUAUAAAAGCAGAGGUUUGAUAAGUGAUUUUCUUAAUAGUUAAAGUGAUCCUUCUCAAUGUUAAGCUACAUUGCUAUGUAUAAAGUAGUUGUUUGAAUGAAAGCAUACUGUUUAAAUCUACAGUAUUGCAUUUAGAAAACAAUUGAGCAAAAUAUCAGUGUGCAUCCUUGUAUACACUAUUAAUCUGCAUCUGUUCUAAAGAAGGGGAAAAUGAAGCAACUUAUCUAAAACUGCUUCACAAAGUAUCUCAGCUUUCCCCAACAUUUGUGAAUUGAUUUUGACAAGUUUGUAGCGCUUGUCAAAGUUUCAUCAAAGGACUGGAUCUUUCCUUAGCAUCAUUAUUUCACAUCUUCCCUUACAAGUUCAGCUGUUGCAUUUGAACUGUACCUGAUAACCUUCUAUUGGAAAGAGGUGACAUUUCACUCAGCUCUAAAUUUAUAACAUUACAAAGUAUUAGAAUAUGCUUUUAUUCAAACUAUUUCUAGGCACUUGGUUUUGGUGAAAUAUAGGCGAGGGAAAUUGGCUAGUUACACAGAUGAUCAGAUGGAUGUUUGUAUGCUGUUUCUAGCUUGUCUAUGAAGGAAAUUUGCCUGAGUUGAAUAAGUUAAAUCUUUCUGUCAUUGAUACUAAAAGUGAUUUCUGAGUAUCAAGCUUCUCCUAUUUGGCUUUGCACUCUUGGUUAGUGGCAUGGUUGUCUGAGUAAGAAUAGUAUAAUACUGCAUUACUGCACUUCCAGUGAAUGAAUGCUACUCUGUCUUCAACUUGAAUGACACCUUCGAGGCUGAAGAAUAGUAUUCGUUUCCACUGAUUCCACACUGGCCUGUGAUGAUAUGCAGAUUUCUAGUUGCAUGCCUCACCUACAGCACCAUGUGCAUUACUGUCAAAAUAAAGUAUAUUUUGUCUUUCA